GUGCCCCAAUACUGUCCGCACUGUUGCACACCCUCCACUCUCGCUUCAGUUCAUUUACAGCUGCUCUCCCGACCGGCCUCACCAGACUGCUCGCAUGGCGACCCUUGAUCCACUGGACGGCCAAUUGCCUGAAGAGGUUGCCCGAGUCGCUGUUGAGGACACUGAUCCUAGUGUCCCUUCAGAAAAGAUUGAAAAAUAUCCUAUUCAAGCUACAGAUUGCAGUGUUUCCAUUAAAGGUUCUUCAGAUCUCCCGGUACAAGAUACAGCAACAGUUAACCUGGAGCGUUUAAUUGCACAGCCUUGGACGACAAGACGGCCAGGAGAUAACGAGAGUCAACACAUUGAAGGAAAUUGUUUAUCAGAAGAAGCAGUUUCUUAAACCUAUUCUCCACUUCUCAUUUGCAGAUGCGAAAAAAACAUUAAUUCAUGCGCAUAUUGUUUAGAAACCACAUGCAGAAAGUCAUUGUUAACUUCAACAUGCAUCACUCCAUCUCCUUGCAUUGGUGACAUGAUGAACGAUGAAGAUCUGUUGUACACACUGAGGUUAAAGCUGGAUCCACUGCACCCAACCAUCAAAAACUGGAGGAACUUUGCCAGCAAAUGGGGCAUGACCUAUGACGAACUCUGCUUUUUGGAACAGAAACAGCAAAGUCCAACCUUAGAGUUUUUGCUGAAGAACAGUGACCGAACUGUAGCACAGCUAAUUGACCUGUGCAAGUUUUACAAAAGGGUGGAUAUUCUGAAAGUGCUGGAAGCGUGGGUAGAGAAAGAGUGGCCUAAACAGUGGCAUUCAAAAUAAACAAAGUUAAAAGAAGUUCAGAAUGUAUAUUCAUAAUUUCCUGUUGUAAUCAUUUUACUUCGGGAAAGAUCCAUUUUUUCUUCUGUCAUUUUGUGUCAAACACUUAGAGAUCGAGCUUAGAUGUCUUGGUGUUUACUCUUUACUGUCCAGUGCUAAACAUUUAAAGGAAAUAUAUAAAGUAAUAGGAAGCAAUAGGAAAGCUGAAAGAAUUGUGAUAACUUGUGUGUCUAUUUAUUCCUCUGCCUUUCUAUUCUAUGCCUGUUAAAAAAUGUAGCUCAUUUUAAAUUGGAAACAUCAGGACAAUCCAAACC